UGUAAAAUAACUUACUUUGUUGACAGCUCUUUAUCGCGCGCUGCAACAGCUCGUGGGCACACUUUCCGGAAGUAAAAUGUCAAAAUAAAGCUGCAAGAAUCCAAUGAAAACGGUCCAAGUAUGUCAAAGGACCAAUCGCAAGAGGGAUAGUUGGAAGGCGGAAUCGCCAUUUUGGUCCAUGUUGUAACGUCGGAGAAGCGAAGACGCAUUUUAUUUUGAGGUCAUGGAAGACAUUUUUAUUAUACAUUUUUUGUUUCUAAGAUUAAAAAUACCACAAAAUUACUAAAGCUCCGAGGAUUACUGUUUAUAUUGAGCUGAACGUGGUCGCUAUUGACAUCUGGUCGGCAGGUGGCGUACGGCGGAAGUGGUCGGAUUAAUGUCAUGCAGUCUGCAGUUUAAUUUAAGAUGCAGCACAACAAACUAAUACCAAAGUGGACUCUGUGUAAUAACUCGUAGCCUGAUUUGGUUGACUGCACAUUCAUUCCCAUUAGUAUCGUUCAAUUAAACCAUUAUGCCUCACAAUGUUGCGAACGUUGUGUCACUAAGUAGUUUAUUUUGAAAGAUCAAGCUACCGGAAGCAUUAUUUAUCACUUGACAGCGCAGUGGUUUCACAGGCACAUCAGCUAAACAUGCCAGAGGAAUACUGACCUAAUUAAAUCUACAUGGGACAGCAACAACGACGACACAACACAUCACAGCGACCGAACAGCGAAUGCCAUUUUACUCAAACUUAUAGUGUUGAUUGAGCAGCCCCGGAGACGGCCAUGUUGGAUCUCUUCCUCAGAGUGCUGGUGUUGACCCGUCUUCACCCGUCGCCUCACAGCACCUGGCUGCCAACCUAACUACUCGCUCCCUCUCUCUUUCUUCCUCCGCCUGGCCGGAAGAAAGGUCCUUGGUCCUUGUGGGAAAAUGUCCUAUGCACUCCACAAGCUGCUCACUUGGAGCUUACCUCACCUCCUCCUCUUACCGCUGACCUACCUCUUGCUCUUGGCUUCUCCAACAGGUGUUUCAGCAAAUCUCUGCCGGGUGACGGGCGGGGUGUUUGGGAUCCACUGGAGCAGCAUCAUCAGCCUGGGUUGGCACUCUCUGGCGAAUGGGAGAGGCGGGGCAACAUGUUGGGAGUCCUGCUGCUUGAAUCCGAGCUGCAACGCUGUGUGGAGCCUCGGCGGGCAAUGCGUGCUCCUCCGCUGCUCUCGGAAUUGGGGCUGCCCCAUCAUCUCCCUGCCCCAGCCCCACCAGGAGUCCCUCGGCCUCCUUCAGCUGCUCUCAAAGUCUCCCGUCAUCACAGCAAGGCGUAGAAGAGCUCUUCACGCACAGCGUGCUGGAAGCCACACAGGACACCUAACCAGCACGGAGAGUACUAAACUGAAACCCGCUCGACCAUCACCAUCAGUACCCAGCACCAUCGCACUUCUUCAACCAGCCCAAAAGAACCAUAGCCAGUUAGCCAAUGGGAGUGCAGACAUCGCUCCAGCUCCAUCACAGCAGAACUCAACGGAAACCAUCGAUACUGCCGCGUCUUCCAAUAGCAGUGAUGUCAGUACACCCACAGCUGCAACUGCUUUCAUCACAACUCCAACUCAGGCUGUGAGGGAGCUGGUGGUGUCAGCAGGAGAGAGUGUGGAGGUCACGUUGCCGCACAAUGCGGUGGAGCUCAACGUCUUCGUGGUCCCUACACCCCCGCUAGGGACAAACUAUGUAUUUGACUGGCGUCUGAUAACUCAUCCCAAAGAUUACAGUGGGCAGAUGGAAGGGCAACACACCACGACACUUGAACUCAGCAAGCUGACUGUGGGCCUGUAUGAGUUUGAGGUGACGGUGGAAGGGGACGGGGCUUAUGGAGAAGGUUACGUCAAUGUCACAGUCAAACCAGAGCUGCGGGUAAACAAGCGUCCUGUUGCCGUAGUUUCUCCAAAGUUCCAGGAGAUCUCCUUGCCAACGAGCUCUACGGUCAUAGACGGCAGCCAGAGCACUGACGACGACAAGGUGGUGGCAUGGUACUGGGAAGAGGUUAAAGGUGCCCUGAGGGAGGAUAAGGUCUAUGCCGGCAACCCCGUCCUCACCCUCACCGACCUGGUGCCCGGGAACUACACAUUCAGUUUGACAGUAACGGACUCAGACGGAGCCACAAACUCGACACAGGCCACCAUCUUGGUCAACAAAGCCAAGGACUACCCGCCUGUGGCCAAUGCCGGCCCUAACCAGGUCAUCCAGUUGCCACGCAACUCCAUCACUCUGUACGGCAACCAAAGCACCGACGACCAUGAUUCCCUGUCCUAUGAGUGGUCCCUCAGCCCUGAGAGCAAAGACAAGGUGGUGGAGAUGCAGGGUGUGCGGACGCCGAUCUUGCAGCUGUCGGUUAUGCAGGAGGGAGACUACACCUUCCAGCUGACUGUGACAGACUCAGCCGGACAGCAUGAAACUGCCCAGGUCACCGUCAUCGUACAGCCAGAAAACAAUAAGCCACCUGUAGCAGAUGCAGGACCGGAGAAAGAGCUGACGCUGCCUGUUGAUCGAACCACGCUGGAUGGCGGUAAGAGCAGUGAUGACCAGAAGAUAGCCACCUUCCACUGGAAACAAACGAAGGGUCCUGAUGGUGUGAAGAUUGAGAAUGCAGACGGCGCCGUUGCCACAGUAACAGGUCUUGAGGUCGGCAUUUACGAGUUCACCCUGACCGUAACGGAUGACAGGAAGCUGCAGAGUAGCGACACUGUCACGGUCAUCGUCAGAGAAGAACUGGACCAGCCUCCAGUGGCUCAUGUUGUGUCGAGUCCAACCAUCGCUCUGCCGGUCAGGACCGGCACUCUGGAUGGAUCUCACUCCACUGACGAUAAAGGUGGAGUCGGCUACCUGUGGACCAGAGAUGAUAACAGCCCUGCGGCUGGGGAUGUACUGAACAACUCUGACCACCAGCCAGUGCUGUUUCUGGGGAACCUGGUGGAGGGGAAGUACAGCUUCACCCUGACUGUAACUGACAGUAAGGGACAGACCAGCACUGACAGAGGCACAGUGGAGGUCAAACCAGACAUAUGGGAGCGUGACCUGGUGGAGUUGGUGCUCGAGGUCUCUGUAUCCCAGGUCUCCCACCGUCAGCGCGACAUGCUGCUGCGCCAGGUCGGGGUUUUGCUGGGCGUGCUCGACAGCGACAUCACUGUGCGAGAGAUUAGUGCGUUUAAUGAGCACAGUACUCGUUUGGUCUUCCUGGUGUCAGGUGGUCCAGGACGCCCUCCUCUGUCAGGCCGAAGCGUUGCUCUUAGUCUACGCAACAAAUUGCGCAAACAGAAGAAUGACUUUCUCAUCUACAAGGCCCGACGAGUGGAUACAGUCAUCUGCCAGCUGAACUGCUCGAGUCACGGCGAGUGUGACUCGUUCACACGGCGUUGUGUCUGCCAGCCUUUCUGGAUGGAAAACUUCAUCAGAGCUCAGCUUGGAGAUGCAGAGAGCAACUGUGAAUGGAGCGUACUCUAUGUGACUAUAGCGUCCUUCAUGAUUGUGGUUGCUUUAGCAACAGUUGUCUGGGGGAUGGUGUGUUGCUGCAACAAGCGUAAGAGCAAAGUGCGCAGAAGCAAAAGUAGAUAUAAAAUGGUAGAAGCUGAUGAGCAAGACAGUCUGGAGCUACAACCACCUAGAGCUGCCCGCCUGAAGCUGGUGCCUGCUCCCACCUCCUCCGCCCUCAUGCACUCAGACUCUGACCUGGACAGUGAUGAAGGGCAGGGCGGGCCGUGGACGGAGCAAGAGCGCGGGCAUCUCCUGCGGCCCCAGAACGGCUCCCUGAGGAACGGACAGGGGCCGGUGAGGGGCAAAAAGCAACGAGAAGAGCUGCUAUAGCAAGCGAGGAGGGGGCUCGCUGCUGGCCUCUCUCUCACACACACACACACACACACACACACACACACACACACACACACACACACACACACACACACACACACACACACACACACACACACACACACACACACACACACACACACACACACACUCACACACACCUCCUCCAACUGACUUCCCCUCACCUCCUCACUCUUCCAGUUUCUCUUUUGUUGUUCUUCAACACAAAAACCUCCCACCUCUCAUCUAUGAAGACAAACUGUAUGUUACGUGGAUUAAGGAAGGGAAAGGGAGGAAAAACACUGUCCACUGUCACAGAAAGAAACAAACACCACUGUACUGACAUUUCCCUGCUCCCACACUGAGCCACAGGAAGGAAAAACAAGACACCAUUUCCUCAAGGAAUCGGGGUGAGCACUGUGUUUUGAAUGGUGUAAAAAUAUAACAUAGAUCCCUAUUAUUUAACACAGAGACAAAAAGAAUGUACUGUAACCCCUCUUACUGACUGACUUUCUGGAUAAAAAAAAAAAAAAAAACCCCUUCAAUGCCACGAAAAGCACCCAUGUGACACGCUCACACCUCGCCUCUUGUAGACACGCAUGUACACACACAAAGACGUCGUAUUCACACUGUUCCAGGUCAACCUGAUGCUACCAAACUGCCAUGUUGAAACCAAUGGUUAACUCUGCUCUGAAGGUUUUUGUUAAUGGGUGACAUGGUGACUCAUUGGAAGGAAAAACACAACCAAAACAAGAGCUAGCAACAGCGAUGGACCCUCCUCCAAAUAAACAACACAUGUGCAUGAAGAGUGACAGAUUGCCGUACUGGAAUGAUCGCCUGCAUGUUUGUAUGAGGGUGUAUGUGUGGAUCUUUUCUGCCUAAUGUGUCAAAAGGUAUUUCUUUAGAGCCGUUUUCUAUCUUUUCAUUUCAGUUAUUAACCCGUGAAAGAGUCACAAUGUUGCCAGCAUUGACAACCCGAGGCAGAAGAUCCUUUACAAAAAACAAAUGCCAUGCUUUUAUUCUGAAGGUUUCUCUGUGGUUGAAAUACUGGAACACACUGGAUUACGCAACAUUAAUGAGUUAUGACGAAGAGAAGUUAACAACGCAACAAAUGGGACUGCUUCCUCACUCACCUCAACAUGUAUUAAUGGAACAACUGCUUGAACCAUAAAGACCACUGAGGUUUUUUGUAUGUUUUUUUUAAAUUAUAUUUUAUUUUUUAAACAAACAACCUUCAGGCUGUGAUUAGAUGUCGAUGCACUUUGAUUUCAUGUCGGUCAGCUUCGGUCUCAUUGUGUCCCUUGUUGGUUGAAAAGAAAGAUCUGUAAUGGUUAACGUUAGAAAGAUUCAGCCAUAAAGAAAACAAGACUUUAAUGUAUUAAAAAUGUAUAAAAUAUUUAAUAGCCUUGACUUUAAAGAUAAAAGGAAAAUAUAUAUUUUAGCAAUCGUGAAUGCAGCUCAAGUCCAGAAGCACCUCAGUAAUUUUAACUUACCUGUGGGCUUGACAUAAAAAGGAGGGUGUAAGCUAAAUGUGUGGCAAAGUGGGACUUUCACUUUAUUAAUCCUGUGAGGUCAUUUUUGCAGUUUUUGUGCAACUCUGUGAAGCAACCAAUUAUAAUUGCCCCCCCCAAAUAGGAUGAGCACAUUUAUCCUUGCUUUUCUUUUGGCAAAUAUUCAGUUAGUUUAAUUUGACGAUUUAUUCAAAUUACACAAAAAACACAAGGGUUUCCGCAUGACAAAAGUUAAACAUUAAAACAGGUCUUGCUGAACUUCCAUUAUGGAUGAAAGUGAGGGUUAGGGUUAUGUGUCCAGAAUGACCAGAAACUGCUGAAAUGAUGUCUUCCUACAAAUAAGACGAGAGGUUAAUAUAAGGGUCAUGUGAGGGAUAUUUUGCCAUAAAUACAACAGGAAGGCUCUAAGACAAGUUCCUUGUAAGAACACGGAAGAUCUAUGCAUCCAUUUCUUCUGUGAGCGAAGACUUUAACCAAAUGACGCUUCCCUUGCCUGUGAAACUGUCCUGUAUGUCCACAAAUUGAGUCACUUUUUCCUUUAUUAUUUCUGUUGAAUGUGAAAUAAGCAACAAUUGCAAUUUAUUUACAAAAAAAUGUCUAUUUCGUACUGUGAAGUCAUCUCAUGCUGAUGUCAGUUCUGCUGCACUAGUUUGGUCUUGGAGCCAUGGAACCAUCAGGCCAUGGAGGAGAUAUUUAAGAAAUAGAUUUUAUUUGGAUUUGCUGAAAUAAUCGGGCCUUCUUUUGGUAACUUGUGUGAAGCAAACUAAAAUCAUGGUGUACCCAAGUGCCAACUCUGUGAAAUGUCAUCUUUUGCAACACUUUAAAAUAAUGUCUUAUUCUUGCCAUGUUUUUUGCACAUCGUUGGAAAUGGCUUUUGGAUUAUUGCCAAGUUUUUACAUUUUACAUACACUCUCAUUUCAAGGAUAAUUAUGUUACCUAUUUGACAACACAACAUUGAUCAUUUCCUCUGUUACAUGUACAACAUUUGUGACUUUUGGGAUUUAUAGAAGUAAGUGAAUUGACCUCGACUCUGACAGAGUCCACUGUGAAGGCAGACAACGAAAAUAGGAAGCAACUGUUCAAUGAAGGGAGAUUGAUUUAGGAUGUUUUAGACACGCUUUUAGUGAAGGAUUUCAUUCCCUUUAUGUGACCAGACUGCAACUGGUUAAUCUGUAUUUGAAUUAAAAUAAAAAUGCUUCAGUUUGUUCUUGG